UUGAAAUUAUUUCAUAUACGAGCUCGAGCAAAAAUUAGUUUCAGCUAGGUUUCAGCUCAUUAUUCUGUUUGAAAUUGAAAAGUUUAUGUGAAUCCAUUUCAUUUUUUGCGGAAAUUCUAUAGAAUGUGUGGAAGAACUGCAUGUAACCUGUGCCGUGAAGAUUAUCAAAAAGCGACCACAUACAAAGAUGGAGGAAAAUAUCAAAAACCCGUUUGGAAUGAUGUUGGAAACGAUGGACUCACAUUCAAGCCAUCGAAUAACAUCGCACCCACUGAUGUUACUCCCAUCCUUCUCUCUGGAAAUCAUUUUGAUGAGCUGAGCAAUCAUUCACGAGUGUUAACACCAAUGGUGUGGGGCAUGAUUCCUCCAUGGCACAAAGGUUCGUUCAAAUCUCACGGCCUUUCAACAAACAACUGCAGGAUAGAGACACUAUUGUCCUCAAAAUUAUACAAUGCACCCCUACGAAGCGGAAAGCGUUGCGUUGUUUUGUGUGAAGGAUUCUACGAGUGGCAAACCACCAAGGGAAAAAGCAAUAAACAGCCAUAUUUUAUUUAUAUGCCCCAGAAAGAUGGUGUCAAAGUUGAACUACGUCAAAAUUGGACUCAUGCUAACUGGAAUGAAGAAGAAGGCUGGACAGGACCGCGACUAGUUCAUUUUGCAGGGCUUUUUAACAAAUGGACAGCAGAAUCGGGUGAAUCAGUCUAUAGCUACACCAUCAUCACAAUGGAAUCAAAUAAAACUCUCUCUUGGUUGCAUCACCGAAUGCCUGCAAUCUUAGAUACAGAACAAGCAGUCAAGGACUGGCUGGAUUUUGAAAAUGUGUCAACAGAAGAAGCAAUGCAAAUCUUGAAACCCAUUCAAAAAUUAGUUUGGCAUCCUGUAUCAACUACUGUCAACAAUUCGCGGAACAAAGAUGAAGAAUGUAACAAACCUCUUUCUACUAAGUCAUCCAGUGAAAAAUCCAAAGGAGCAACUUUAAUGAGCAAUUGGCUGAAAAGAGGGCAAAAAAAAGAAGACAAGGAAGAGAAGCAUGAUGGAUCAGAUGGAGAAACUCCGGAGAAGAAAAAAAAAUAAGUGGAGAAAGGGACUGAUUUAAAAAUCUUAGCCUGAAAGCUAAUGUCUUGUGAAAAUUUGCAAAUGUCACUACAUUCAUCACUUGCAAAAUUUUUUGUCACUCAGCUCACCGAUGAACUAUGCAUAAUUUUCGAACAUUCACUUUGAUCCCUUUUCUUUUGUGAAUUUUUUUGAUUUUCCUAGCUUUUUAAAUGCUAUCGAUUGUCUUCAAAACAAAUCUUAUCUUAUUAUCAUUAUAUGUACCCGUAAACGUAUAAGCCCUUAUACACAUUGAAAAUACUAUUUUUAAUUCUUCUUAGAUGUUCUCAGACACUUGGGUCUCUUAGAUAUAACAAAUAUACAUGUUUUAAGUCUCUUAAAUCUAUGAUGACCACCAAGAAUAUGUUUUUAAACCAGUUCAUAUGAAAUUUCUUAUUUUUAAAGUUACCUUCCCUGUCUUGAAAAGAAAUUUCUUCUUUCGAACUCCACUUGUGAUGAUUGUUAUAUUUUUCUUUUUGCCCAGAACUUUGUACAUUGGUUUCCUCUUGUUUUUAUGCCAUCAAAUGAUCUUUUGCUGUCACAAAAAUUUUAAGAUCACAUUACAUAUAUAAGAAUAUAAUGUGAUCCUAAGAUUUUUUCAAACUCCAUUGUAAGGAUUAAGGGCAAGUGUUUUAACAUGUUUUAACAUAUAGCUGCAUUUAAUAGAUUUAAGCACUGCUGUUUUCUUUAGUGCUUGUUUAAUCUUAAAGUUUCUCAGGUACUUUAACAUUCAAUGUCUUAAUGCAAAAAAUGCGCAUCUCAAUGAAAAUAGGUGAAAAUCUAUUUCCUUUUAUUUUCUUCAAAGACAGCUAAUUAAAAUCAUUUCCUGCAAUCAUGUGUGAUUUUCAUAAGGACAAAGCAAAAAAAAUGUAUCAAAAAGUAGAAUAGAGGCUGAUGGUUGUCUUUCCUUUGAAAAAAUGAAGUAUACUCUAGGCUCUCAAUGCUGCAAUCAGAUAUGCGCAUUUUUUACAUUAGCCAUUGAUAUUGAUUAAUAUGUAGGUAUAUGUAUACCAUGUUUCAGUAUUAAUUAUUUUUUAGUAUUUACAUAAACUAGUUUUCAUAAUUUAAGUGAACUAAGAUGCAUUCCAAAAUCAUGCCUUAAAUUUGCAGCUUACUGUUUUUACUCUUUAAUGUUUGAGCAAUAGUACAAACAUGGUCUUUUACCGUCCAGUUGUGUUUCAAUCUUUGUACCUGAUCAACUCACUCUGAAAACAAUGUGUAGAUAAAAAGUCAGCUCUGUUUAAUCUGAAUAUUAUUUCUAUGACAGAACUUGCCAUUUUUGUACCUGUUUUUUUUUUUUUUUUUUUUUUUUUUUUUUUCAAAACACCUUUGUCUAUGGUGGAACUAGAAACAUACGCACAGUUAGAAAAAUCAAACUAGCGGCUGGAUUAUUGAAUCUACGUCGAUACAGCAAGACAAGACAAGACCCCAUCAUAACCAUGCAAUUUCUCACAUUUCGACUGUUUUGUUGUAUAGACGUAGAGCCAAUAAUUGAGUCAUUAAAGGCACUUUUAUUGAUUCUUUUCUGUGCAUGAACUCUUAUCGUUUGAUUUACAACUACUUAUCAGGAAUAGCUAUAUUUGUGGACCAUGCCACGUUACUGAAUAAGAUCUAGUCUCUUGCUCAUAUUUACUUCUACCCUGCUUGAUUUUUUCCUCCAUGUAACUUGUAACUUAAAUGAAAAAUCUAAAAUACAGUGAUGCAGGUAAAUAAAUUUUCAUUCACAAAUGCCCCCAAUUUGAAUGAUAAUUUCAAACAGUUCUGAAAAUUCUUUCCUGUUCCUCUUAAUUUCAACUUGUCAGGACUCUUCUGUUGUUGGUAACUAAUUUAAUAUCGAACAAAAUUAUACUAUUCAUAUAAUUAUUGAAACUUUUGAAGUACACUAAUAUAUGUUUAGAGAUGUAAUAAAAAGCUCUUAUAGUCAAUGGAUACAUCAAAGCAUUAUUUAAAGUGAGCUGAAUAACACAAUAGUGAUACAUUUCAACCAUUAAGCACAAUGUGUGUAACUUAUGUCAAAUUGGAUACAUCUGUGAAAACUUUGAGACACUGCUAUAAGAUAACAGAUGUGCAUGUAUUUUCAGUUCCACCAUCUGAGACACAGACAUUGGAUGUCUUUCUCCUGAUCAACUUCAUUUAACUGUUUUAAAUGUUCUUUUUUUUUUUUUAAAUUAGCUUUUACUUUGGAAAAUAAUAAUUUUUAAGCACUUGUUAAUUCAAAUGACCACCCACAAAUUUAAAUUAUUUUGAGCUUCCCAUGUAUUAUGAACUUUUUUCUUUCUCUUUCCCUCCUUUUUUCUCAAUUAAAAUUUACCCUAUUUUUAAAUUAUUCCUCUGAUGUUUACAUUUUAUGCAUACCUACCUACUUUUCCUUCACAGCAUCUGAUUUUACUGAUACAUUUCUUGUUUUUGCUUUUAAAAGUCUAAAAUCAGUACCAACUCUAAGAUACUUAAAGUUUCAUUACUCAAAACAUGAUGUAGCCCUUAAGAAAGGGUACAACAUUCAAAAUGCAUCAGAAUAAAGACACACUAAUGAGA